CUUUGACUAAGCGUCGCAGUUGUCAUCGCAGCGGACACUGUGGUAGUUACUCUUGCUUACUGAUAUUCAUAUUCCGUCGUCAGUUGUGUGUUAGUUCCUCCGGUUUUUGGUUUCGAUUUCGAUUUCGAUUUGGACAACAACAGAAGCUACUCACAUCAUAAUUUCUAUCAAACGGAUACGGAUGCGGUUUUUGAUUACACCACGAUCAUACUAGCAAAUGCUGGCAGUCGGCAAUUACGAACCUCCAUUCAUCCAUCCAUCUUUCAGACGAGUGCAAAAGUGCAAUGUCUGGUCGUGAUUAUAAAUGUUUAGCAUAGCAUUCUAUUGUUUUCGGUACCAUGACGACUAACAACAACAACGACAACAACAACAAGAGCAGCUGAUUCUGAUUAGAACCUCAGAAGAAGAUGCAGCAAUAAAUAAAGCUUUAACAACAAAUAUUAUCAAUGUGCAAUAUAGCUAAAAUAUUUAUAAAAUAUUCUAGAAAAAAGAAAUAAUUAAUAAGUAAUACAUAAUUUCGAUUAAAUUAAACGCCGGUUAGUGAUAAUAGCUUUUAUAUCUCAAUACAUAAAUGCAGUGCAAUGUUCUCUAUAUAAAUAAUUGAAAAUAAGUGAAUUAAUUUAGUGAAAAUAUAAUGCCUGAAGUGCAAGCUGAAAGUCCACAGACUUAGCAACGAUAAAAACACAAAUAUUAAGGAAUUCACCAAGAAAUAAAUAAAUCAAAUAAGCGUCCAAUGGUAAUGGCCGUGAUACUGUUGCUCGCCCUGGCACUUCUAGUCGGUUGCUAUUGCGCGAUUCACAGGCAAAAGAUCAGUGCGAUCUAUCUGAAGCCAUUGCUGAAGAAUACUCCAUUCGAGGACGUCUAUCAUGCCACGCCCAUCGAGCAGCGCAAGCGUCGCGGCAUCUGGGAUAUACCCGGACCACAGCGAAUACCCUUUCUGGGCACCAAGUGGAUAUUUUUCGUCUUCUUUCGACGCUACAAAAUGACCAAACUGCACGAAGUCUACGCAGAUCUGAAUCAACAGUAUGGCGACAUCGUCCUGGAGGUUAUGCCCUCCAAUGUCCCCAUAGUGCAUCUCUAUAAGCGCGAGGAUCUCGAGAAGGUGCUCAAGUAUCCCAGCAAGUAUCCAUUCCGACCGCCCACCGAGAUCAUUGUGAUGUAUCGCCAAUCUCGGCCAGAUCGUUAUGCCAGCGUUGGCAUCGUCAACGAGCAGGGUCCGAUGUGGCAGCGAUUGCGCUCCUCGCUCACCUCCAGCAUCACCUCGCCCCGCAUCCUGCAGAACUUUCUGCCCGCCCUCAAUGCCGUCUGUGAUGAUUUCGUUGAGCUGCUUCGCGCCCGACGCGAUCCCCACACGAAUGUGGUGCCCAACUUUGAGGAGCUGGCCAAUCUGAUGGGUCUCGAGGCGGUCUGCACUUUGAUGCUGGGCCGACGCAUGGGUUUCCUGGCGGCAAAUGCCAAGCAGCCGGAGAAGAUCAGUCAGCUGGCGGCGGCUGUUAAACAGCUGUUCAUCUCGCAGCGGGAUUCGUAUUAUGGCCUGGGAUUGUGGAAAUACUUUCCCACCAAAACGUAUCGGGACUUUGCCCGUGCCGAGGACUUGAUCUAUGAUGUCAUCUCCGAGAUCAUUGAUAAUGAGCUGGAGGAACAUCGAAAGUCUGCUGCCUGUGAGGAUGAAGAUUCUGCAGGUUUGCGUAGCGUUUUUCUCAACAUACUCGAGCUGAAGGACUUGGAUAUUCGUGACAAGAAGUCCGCCAUCAUAGACUUUAUUGCCGCGGGCAUUGAGACGCUAGCCAACACUCUUCUCUUCGUGCUGAGCUCCGUGACGGGGGAACCUUCGUCCAUGCCCCGCAUUCUCAGUGAGUUUCUUGAGUAUCGGGACACCAAUAUCCUGCAGGAUGCGCUGACUAAUGCCACAUACACAAAGGCCUGCAUACAGGAAUCGUACAGACUGCGACCCACGGCCUUCUGUUUGGCACGCAUCCUGGAAGAGGACAUGGAGCUGUCCGGCUAUUCACUGAAUGCGGGCACUGUGGUGCUCUGUCAGAAUAUGAUCGCGUGUCACAAAGACAGCAACUUUCAAGAGGCCAAACAGUUUACUCCGGAGCGUUGGAUCGAUCCUAGCACGGGAAACUUUACAGUCAACGUGGACAGUGCCAGCAUUGUGGUGCCCUUCGGGGUGGGACGACGAACGUGUCCCGGCAAGCGAUUCGUCGAAAUGGAAGUUGUCCUGCUGCUGGCCAAGCUUGUGCUGGCAUUCGAAGUCAGUUUUGUGGAGCCGCUGCAAACGGAAUUCGAGUUUUUGUUGGCACCCAAAACACCAUUGAGUUUGGUGCUAAAAGAUCGCGAAUUGUAGAACAUCCUCCUCGCAAUUUAAUGUAUCUAAUACAAAGCCAGAAGGUAAUCAAACUAAUGAUGUAUAUACGAGAAGGUAGAGUUAAUAGAAUUGUACACUAUUUGGGUAUAAACGCUUGCAAAUUAGAGAAGGUUUCAAGGGGUUAUUCCAGGUUAGAAAAACAUUGAAAAAAACAUGUGUAUGGGAUUUUUCUUUGAGAGAAAAUUGCCAGAAUACAAUAUUAAACAUAUUCAAAAGUCUGUUGAAAUAGAAAAGUUAAGAUAUAUAUUAUAAUAGACUUGCAAUAACGUUUUUCUCCAAGUCAUUUGUUAAAUGCGCCGAAAAGUAUGCUUUAAAAAUUAUAACUUGUUUUAGUGUUUUUGAUAUUACUUCUAAUUGGUAAUAAUCAACCGGUUAAUAAAUCUAUUUUAAAUUUCUAAUUGACAAGCGUUUGUAAACAAUUAAUAUGACAUAUCGUGAGGGAAGCAGGAGAUUAUAUAGAACCCAGAAAUUAAACUAAAUUUAAAAUAAAACCAAACUGUAUAUAUGCAAAAUAAUUAGCUUGUAGCUGCCGUAAGAUUGAUGAUGCAUUUAAUUGUUCAAAUGCAAUUUGCAUUAUGUUGUUGUAAUUAUUACUAUUUUUAUUAUUAUUAUUGUUAAUCUUAAGUAGCGGCAAUUAUUUGUGUGCGUGUAAACGGAAAGACUGUGUUUAAGUUUUGUUGUUUAAACGAUGUAAAACUAAUCCCAUAAUUUUGUAUGAUACAAAAGACAAACUAAUUCAUAAUGCUCUGUACAGUUAACAAUUUAUUAUAUUUAUUCAAGUUUUUCUAUUAUCUUAGUUUAUUAUCUGUGUAUAUUUUUUGUUAAAUGAAAAAGAAAACAAAACAAGAGUUAAAAACGAUAAAAGAGACAAAAUGAAAAUAAAGCAAUGCUUUUGAACUGUG